GGAAGUUAGUGUUUGCUGUGAAUUCUUGGCUGCGUUAUAACAGAGAAGACAGCAGGAGAGACAAGGAUGACUGAGGAUCGCUAUGACAUGUCUGGGGACAGAGUCGCUUUUCUGCUGUGCGUCAAGAAGGAUAGGUCAGGUGCUGAGGAGGAUUUAAAGAGGCUGAGGAACCUUUUGGAUUAUUUCCACUUUCAGGUCAAGGAGUGCAUUGACCCAAAGGAAGAGGAAAUAAUCCCCGCGAUGGAACAAUUUCGUGAGGAACUGAAGCCUCCCCGGAACGUUAGCUGUGCGUUCUUCUUCCUCAUGACCCAUGGAAACAAUACGUGUAUUUUCGGAGCUCCGAGAGAGACUGGAGUGGAACUGGAGGUGAUCUUUGAGAUGUUCAAUAACGAAGGGUGCCCUCAACUCCAAAACAAACCGAAGGUCUUCAUAAUCCAGGCUUGUCGCGGAGUGAAAGUUGACCGUGGGGUCGUCACGGCUGGAUUCCGCUUAAUGACCACAGAGGACGAUGAUGAGCCCAAGACCCUGCCGACAAUGUCUGACACCUUUACAGUCUACCCCUCACCGAUUGGUUACGUGGCGUUCCGUGAUCCGUUGCAAGGCUCCUUUCUGAUCACCUUCAUGGAUGAGGUAUUCCGAGAUGUUGGGAACCAAUUCCACCUGUACGAUCUCUUCGUCAAGGUGAACCACAGAAUGGUCAGGAAGGAGAUGAAAUACAAGAACUCGAUAGUGAAGACAACCCUGGUGAUGGAAUCCACCCUGACCAAGGCGUUGUACCUCACUGAGUGACAGAGCAGCACCGAGAGACGGUCCUGAAACAGCUAUCGCUUGCUGCUGUUCAGAUCUUUAUUCCGGAAAUCGUACUGGGGGGGGGGGCUUUCCUCGGUGAUUUAUUUGGGGGCUGCUUGCUGGGUCGCGCUGUCAUUCUGAAAAUUGCCAGCGGUUUGUUAGCAUGUGUGUAAUUAAACAUUUUC